AUGACUUCGGAGCUGGAAUUCACUGAUUUCUCCAUUUUACAGGGACCGGGAAUGGACCCGGAUCAGCAGCACACGCCGCGAAUUGCAAAAGCUCGGGCCCAGGUUGGCGGUAUUUCAGACGGAGAGUUUGGCAACCGUGCAAAGACUACGAGGUUUAGUAGACCAGCUGCGGGCUUGAAUAACAGUUUUCUAUCACCUCGAAUCGGUGAUGCUGAACUCAACCAGUUCAACGGGUUCUCAUAUAGAAUCGACAAUGACAAGGAUGAAGCUGAUAUCUUGGAUGAUAGCGAUUUCAUGAACAGUAUUGAACUGGGUCGUGGCCGCAAACCAGAAUUCAAUCUUUCAAAUUUGUCGCAUCGUGGUCAGGAUAUAGACCCAGUUCAGAGUCGUAGACGCCAGAAUCAGAACCAGAAUCGCAAUCUUGGUCGUGGUGAUAGUGGAAUUGACGGGUUUGGCGACGAGUCGAGCUCUCAUCAGAGCUUGGACAAAGUCACUGAUCGAAAAAAAUCACCUUUAGACGCAAAAAACCCGAAACCAAGUGCUGUUCCAUUAAGUCCUAUGAAAGAUUUUACUGUUCCGACCGAGUAUAAAGACGACCACAGUUUCAUGGCUCAGCUCGGUUUGGACGAGUUCGCUAAUGGAAAGAAAAGUGCCAAAUCAGUUGCAACGCCUGUAUCUGCUCGUAGACAAUCGAAAAAGACAAGGCAAGUUUCUUCGUCAGCAGCGACAAGCGGUAGUGAACGAUUAGCAGCAAGACUGCCAGAUAUUUCAGGCCUGUCGUCUAUUUUCUCAUCCGAUGAACAGCUUUCGUCAAGACGAAACAAGAAAUCUUCUUCGAUCGAUAAUAGUCAUAAAACAGUUGUUUCAGUGCCAUUAGAUGACGAUGAUAAAGCGUUGUUUUCAGCGUUUUCGAGUUUCCAGACCAAAAUAGACAAGUUGCAAAAGGACAAAGUGAACCUCAAAGAGAUCAUAAACACACAGGAACGAGAAAUGAGCCAGUUUCGAGACGAGUAUGCUAAACUGAAUGAACACUCUGAAUCUGUCGAGUUGAAAGCCAAAAAGCUUAAGGCAGUCUCACUGGCUCUUCGCGAGAAGCUGCAAACAGAGCGAGCAGAACGACAACAACUAAAACAACAGCAGCCUUCUUAUCAAGCUAUUAUUGAACGGGAUUCUGCUUUGCAAAUGUUGAGCCAACGAGAUCAGGAGAUCUCUAGACUACAAAUGGAAAACUUGAGCUUAAAGAAAGAACUGGAACAACUCCGGGCUUCGUCUAUAGCGUCUGGUUCAGACAAGGUAACACCACCGACUCCUCCUGCCGAGCCAGAAGUUAAACUAGACCAGUCGUUGCCUACUCAAAUACAACUACAACAAAGUACAAACGGUGUCAGCAGCUCCGACAAUGAACUCAACACAUUAAUAAAUAAGCUGUGUAAUCUCCUCACUUUACAUUUGGAAGGGAACAAGCCACAAGACAUCCAGCAAACUCAACUGCCACAGAGUCAAGAACAGCAAAUAUCCACAUCUGAAGACUCGCAAACUUCGACAUCAGACUCACAAGCAAAAGACUCGCUGGGAACAGAACUGGAGAUCCUCACCCGUGUGGCUGAAGCGAUUAAUAGGUUGAUUGUCUUGAAAGAACAAAAGCUCGAUCAGCCUGCUAUUCCCGAUAUUAACAGCUCUCGCCAGCCACGAACGGUUAUUGCUAAUGCCGGUACCAAUACUACACCAUCAUCCCUCCUCAAUCCACUCACCACUAGCAAUACCCCACAAGAUAAACAUAAUUCCAAAACCGCGACGACUAACGCUCCCUCUUCAAAUAAUGCCACCUACAAACCAGUUCCUACCCGGUUAAUAGAUCGAUGUAUGCAGUGUACAGACUCGUCAGACGAAGAAACCCACGAACCACUUGAAAAAAGCAACAAAACACGUCGACGCCAUCAAUCAAACACUCGACAGACAUCCGAUUCCGAUAGUGCAUGGGACGAAGAGCCCACAGCCCGACCAUCGAUGCCAGCAGACGAGGCAGUCAAACUGAUUCUAGACAAAAUGAGCGACGAAUUGACAACGCUGAAAAAUAACUAUAUCCAGGUGUGCCAGGAAUACGACAACGCGGACCCAGCAGUUGAAAAGCGACGUCGCCAAGAGCUGGCAGACCGGCUCAUCAAAUCAGUCAAAGAAGUCGAGGCCAAGUCGGACCUCAUCUACGCCAUGAACGAUAUCGUAGUAGCAGCCAACAUCCAACUGGACGCCAGUGACAACGAUGACGAUUUUGAAGCCAAGCUGGGAGCACGCAUCGGCAAGGGCCAGUGGAUAGUCUCAUAA